AUGGUUUCAGAUUGGUGUUGUGUGAUGCUGCAGAGACCGGCACCACGUCACACGAGUGCUGCUGCAGAGACCGGCACCACGCCACACGAGUGCUGCUGCAGAGACCGGCACCACGUCACACGAGUGCUGCUGCAGAGACCGGCACCACGCCACACGAGUGCUGCUGCAGAGACCGGCACCACGACACACGAGUGCUGCUGCAGAGACCGGCACCACGACACACGAGUGCUGCUGCAGAGACCGGCACCACGACACACGAGUGCUGCUGCAGAGACCGGCACCACGUCACACGAGUGCUGCUGCAGAGACCGGCACCACGACACACGAGUGCUGCUGCAGAGACCGGCACCACGUCACACGAGUGCUGCUGCAGAGACCGGCACCACGACACACGAGUGCUGCUGCAGAGACCGGCACCACGACACACGAGUGCUGCUGCAGAGACCGGCACCACGUCACACGAGUGCUGCUGCAGAGACCGGCACCACGUCACACGAGUGCUGCUGCAGAGACCGGCACCACGUCACACGAGUGCUGCUGCAGAGACCGGCACCACGUCACACGAGUGCUGCUGCAGAGACCGGCACCACGUCACACGAGUGCUGCUGCAGAGACCGGCACCACGUCACACGAGUGCUGCUGCAGAGACCGGCACCACGACACACGAGUGCUGCUGCAGAGACCGGCACCACGACACACGAGUGCUGCUGCAGAGACCGGCACCACGUCACACGAGUGCUGCUGCAGAGACCGGCACCACGACACACGAGUGCUGCUGCAGAGACCGGCACCACGUCACACGAGUGCUGCUGCAGAGACCGGCACCACGACACACGAGUGCUGCUGCAGAGACCGGCACCACGACACACGAGUGCUGCUGCAGAGACCGGCACCACGUCACACGAGUGCUGCUGCAGAGACCGGCACCACGUCACACGAGUGCUGCUGCAGAGACCGGCACCACGACACACGAGUGCUGCUGCAGAGACCGGCACCACGUCACACGAGUGCUGCUGCAGAGACCGGCACCACGUCACACGAGUGCUGCUGCAGAGACCGGCACCACGUCACACGAGUGCUGCUGCAGAGACCGGCACCACGACACACGAGUGCUGCUGCAGAGACCGGCACCACGUCACACGAGUGCUGCUGCAGAGACCGGCACCACGUCACACGAGUGCUGCUGCAGAGACCGGCACCACGUCACACGAGUGCUGCUGCAGAGACCGGCACCACGACACACGAGUGCUGCUGCAGAGACCGGCACCACGUCACACGAGUGCUGCUGCAGAGACCGGCACCACGUCACACGAGUGCUGCUGCAGAGACCGGCACCACGUCACACGAGUGCUGCUGCAGAGACCGGCACCACGACACACGAGUGCUGCUGCAGAGACCGGCACCACGUCACAUGAGUGCUGCUGCAGAGACCGGCACCACGACACACGAGUGUUGCUGCAGAGACCGGCACCACGUCACACGAGUGCUGCCGCAGAGACCGGCACCACGACACACGAGUGCUGCUGCAGAGACCGGCACCACGUCACACGAGUGCUUGCUGCAGAGACCGGCACCACGACACACGAGUGCUGCUGCAGGAGACCGGCACCACGUCACACGAGUGCUGCUGCAGAGACCGGCACCACGUCACACGAGUGCUGCUGCAGAGACCGGCACCACGUCACACGAGUGCUGCUGCAGAGACCGGCACCACGACACACGAGUGCUGCUGCAGAGACCGGCACCACGUCACACGAGUGCUGCUGCAGAGACCGGCACCACGUCACACGAGUGCUGCUGCAGAGACCGGCACCACGUCACACGAGUGCUGCUGCAGAGACCGGCACCACGACACACGAGUGCUGCUGCAGAGACCGGCACCACGACACACGAGUGCUGCUGCAGAGACCGGCACCACGUCACACGAGUGCUGCUGCAGAGACCGGCACCACGUCACACGAGUGCUGCUGCAGAGACCGGCACCACGACACACGAGUGCUGCUGCAGAGACCGGCACCACGUCACACGAGUGCUGCUGCAGAGACCGGCACCACGUCACACGAGUGCUGCUGCAGAGACCGGCACCACGACACACGAGUGCUGCUGCAGAGACCGGCACCACGACACACGAGUGCUGCUGCAGAGACCGGCACCACGACACACGAGUGCUGCUGCAGAGACCGGCACCACGACACACGAGUGCUGCUGCAGAGACCGGCACCACGACACACGAGUGCUGCUGCAGGAGACCGGCACCACGUCACACGAGUGCUGAUGCAGAGACCGGCACCACGUCACACGAGUGCUGCUGCAGAGACCGGCACCACGUCACACGAGUGCUGCUGCAGAGACCGGCACCACGUCACACGAGUGCUGCUGCAGAGACCGGCACCACGACACACGAGUGCUGCUGCAGAGACCGGCACCACGACACACGAGUGCUGCUGCAGAGACCGGCACCACGACACACGAGUGCUGCUGCAGAGACCGGCACCACGACACACGAGUGCUGCUGCAGAGACCGGCACCACGUCACACGAGUGCUGCUGCAGAGACCGGCACCACGUCACACGAGUGCUGCUGCAGAGACCGGCACCACGUCACACGAGUGCUGCUGCAGAGACCGGCACCACGACACACGAGUGCUGCUGCAGAGACCGGCACCACGUCACACGAGUGCUGCUGCAGAGACCGGCACCACGUCACACGAGUGCUGCUGCAGAGACCGGCACCACGUCACACGAGUGCUGCUGCAGAGACCGGCACCACGACACACGAGUGCUGCUGCAGAGACCGGCACCACGACACACGAGUGCUGCUGCAGAGACCGGCACCACGUCACACGAGUGCUGCUGCAGAGACCGGCACCACGUCACACGAGUGCUGCUGCAGAGACCGGCACCACGUCACACGAGUGCUGCUGCAGAGACCGGCACCACGUCACACGAGUGCUGCUGCAGAGACCGGCACCACGCCACACGAGUGCUGCUGCAGAGACCGGCACCACGUCAUACGAGUGCUGCUGCAGAGACCGGCACCACGUCACACGAGUGCUGCUGCAGAGACCGGCACCACGACACACGAGUGCUGCUGCAGAGACCGGCACCACGUCACACGAGUGCUGCUGCAGAGACCGGCACCACGUCACACGAGUGCUGA